AUGUAUCGUUCUAAAACUGCACUAAGUUUGAUCCAGCAACUGGACCGAUUAGGCUUAGCAUCCAGAAACAGCUUAGCUACACGCCACAUGCAAACGAUGAGUGUAACACAAGCAUCGCACAUUCGGCAUUCUUGGUCGAUUUAUUCCCAUUAUCCUGCGCAUGGGAUUCAAACGAGAACUUUCAGUACCGAGAAGGAUACAGCACGUGUCGAGGAACAGACCGAGAAUGAAAAGAAGCUAACACAUGAAAUGGAAGAGAUGCGUAAAGAAAACGCCGAACUAACAGAAAAACUUAAAACAUACGAUGAUAAAUACAAACGUGCUCUGGCGGAGAGUGAGAAUAUUCGCCGGCGGUUAACGAAACAAAUCGACGAUGCGAAACUAUUUGGCAUUCAAGGUUUCUGCAAAGACCUGCUGGAGGUGGCAGAUAUUUUGGGCCAUGCCACGGAAGCUGUCCCCAAGGAUGAGAUUUCAGAUAAGAAUCCCCAUUUGAAGAAUCUUUUCGAGGGACUUUCAAUGACGCGGCAACAGCUCAACAGUGUGUUUAAACGGCACGGACUGGAAACGGUGAAUCCGAUGAAUGAAAAGUUCAACCCCAAUCUGCACGAAGCAUUGUUCCAGCAGGAAGUGGCGAACGUGGAACCCAAUACAGUCGUAGUGGUCAGUAAAAUCGGAUACAAGCUGCAUGACCGCUGCAUACGUCCCGCACUAGUUGGUGUAACGAAGGGUUAA